CUCAGUUGUCAAGUGCCGAGCGACCGAGACACAGACAGAACUGGCAGCAUGUGGUGGACGCGUAAAUUGGCCAACAAAUGGCUGCAGCGACGCUGCCUGAGCGCGGCGUGCGAACAGAAUCGGCUGGGCAUUAUCGGGGUGCCGUUCGCCAAGGGGCAGACCAAGCAGGGUGUCGAGCUGGCGCCGGAUCUGUUGCGACAGAACAGGCUGCGCCAGGUGCUGCAGAGCAGCGACGAGCGACUGCUUAUAACGGACUACGGCAAUUUGCAGUACGCCGUAGACGAGUCGCUGCUGCAACAGCAGCGCCAGCAUUACCAUCACAUACACAACUAUGCGGACUUUAUGGCCUGCAAUCUGGCCCUGAUCGGGCAGGUGCAGCUGAUGCUGCGCGAGAACGCCCAGUUCCUGGCCAUUGGCGGCGAUCAUGCCAUUGGCUUUGGCUCCGUGGCGGGUCAUUUGCAGCAUACGCCGAAUUUAUCGCUGGUCUGGAUCGAUGCGCAUGCGGACAUCAAUUUGCACAGCACCUCGCAGUCGGGCAAUAUACAUGGUAUGCCCGUUUCGUUCCUUCUGCCGCAGCUGCGCGCCACCUGGCAGCAUGCGGCGCUCGACAAGAUUGCGCCCAAUUGUUUGCCGAAGGAUCAAUUGGUUUACAUUGGCUUGAGGGACAUUGACCCCUAUGAGGCGUUUAUAUUGAAUAAAUUUGGAAUACGCUACUAUGCCAUGGAUUCCAUCGAUCGCGUCGGCGUGCCCAAGAUCAUUGAGAUGACGCUGGACGCGCUGAGUCCGCGAAACAAGAUUCAUGUUAGCUUCGAUAUCGAUGCCCUGGACAGCAAUGUGGCGCCCAGCACGGGCACCGCAGUCCGCGGCGGCCUAACCCUCCGUGAGGGCAUCAGCAUUGUGGAGGCGUUGCGGGACACCAAGCGUGUGCAGGGCAUGGAUCUGGUCGAGAUCAAUCCGAAGCUGGGCAGCGAGCGCGAUGUCCGCACCACCGUCGACUCCGGCUUGGAGAUACUCAAAAGCAUGUUCGGCUAUCGGCGUUCCGGUGCGCGCUACUACAGCAACCUGGACACGGGCAUACUGGGACGUGAACAGUGAUCGCAAUGUGCAUAAAUCUAAAUGUUUAUAUAUAUCUCAUAUAUAUAUAUGUAUAUGUAUAUAUAUAUAUAUGUAACAUU